GCGCCGCUGCGGGGCGGGGCCGGACUGGCUCUCGCCCCGCCCCACCCUCGCACCGCGACGGGGACGGGGACGGCGGCAGCGAUUGCGACGCGGUGGCCAUCGAGACCUCGCCUCGAGCGGCUUGGGCGGACACGGUUUGCCGGGGCUGCAGGAGCAGGACUAUGUCCACCAUGGUGUACCCAAGGGAGGAGAAACUGGACAAGCUGAGCCAAGAGGAGAUAAUUUCCAACACCAAGCUGGUGAUGCAAGGGCUGGAGGCGCUCAAGAAUGAACACAACUCCAUCCUGCACAGCUUGCUGGAGACCAUCAAGUGCCUGAAGAAAGAUGAAGAAGCCAACCUCGUGCACGAGAAAUCCAACCUGCUCCGCAAGUCGGUGGAAAUGAUUGAGCUGGGGCUUGGAGAAGCUCAGGUGAUGAUGGCAUUGUCCAACCACCUCAAUGCUGUGGAGUCAGAGAAGCAGAAGCUGCGCGCUCAGGUGCGCAGGCUGUGCCAGGAGAACCAGUGGCUGCGUGAUGAACUUGCCAACACCCAGCAGAAGCUGCAGCGCAGCGAGCAAACCGUGGCUCAGCUGGAGGAGGAGAAGAAACACCUCGAGUUCAUGAACCAGCUGAAGAAGUAUGAUGAGGAUGUGUCACCUUCGGAGGAGAAGGAGGGUGACUCCACUAAGGACUCUCUGGAUGAUCUGUUCCCAAAUGAAGAGGAGGAGCAUGGUCCUGGCUUGCCCCACCAGCACAGCAGUGCAGUGGCAGCUGCCCAGCAAGGAGGCUAUGAGAUCCCUGCCCGCCUGCGAACCCUCCACAAUCUCGUCAUCCAGUAUGCCUCACAGGGACGCUAUGAGGUGGCUGUGCCACUCUGCAAGCAGGCUCUGGAGGACCUGGAGAAGACAUCAGGCCACGAUCACCCUGAUGUGGCCACUAUGCUCAACAUCCUGGCACUAGUGUACAGGGAUCAGAAUAAGUACAAAGAGGCAGCACAUCUCUUGAAUGAUGCUCUUUCCAUCCGCGAGAAGACUCUGGGCAAAGACCACCCAGCAGUGGCAGCAACUUUGAACAACCUGGCAGUUCUCUAUGGCAAGAGAGGGAAGUACAAAGAGGCAGAGCCACUGUGCAAGCGAGCGCUGGAGAUCCGUGAGAAGGUGCUAGGCAAAGACCAUCCUGACGUGGCCAAGCAGCUGAACAAUCUAGCCCUGCUGUGCCAGAACCAAGGCAAAUACGAUGAGGUGGAGUACUACUACUGCCGGGCCCUGGAGAUCUACGAGAGCUGCCUAGGUCCUGAUGACCCCAAUGUGGCCAAGACCAAGAACAACCUGGCCUCCUGUUACCUGAAGCAAGGCAAAUAUAAAGAUGCAGAGGUGCUGUAUAAGGAGAUCCUUACCCGUGCUCAUGUGAAGGAGUUUGGCUCUGUGGAUGAUGAACACAAGCCCAUCUGGAUGCACGCAGAGGAGAGAGAGGAGAUGAGCAAGAGCAAGCACAGAGACAGUGCUCCCUAUGCUGAGUACGGCGGCUGGUACAAGGCCUGUAAGGUUAGCAGCCCAACUGUGAACACCACUCUGCGGAACCUGGGUGCUCUGUACCGGCGCCAGGGCAAGCUAGAGGCAGCUGAGACCUUGGAGGAGUGUGCGGUUCGCUCUCGGCGGCAGGGCAUCGACCCCAUCAACCAGACGAAGGUGGUGGAGAUCCUGAAGGAGGGCGAUGGCUCAGAGAGACGACGGAGCCUGGGGGGCAGUGUCAAGUACGAGAGUGCCACAGACGGUAGCGAGGAAGUGAGUAUGGGCGUGGAAUGGAGCGGGGCUUAAAUGCCUCCCGAGACUCCCUCUUUCCCCUCCACUGCAAUCACCUGGAUGCUUGUGUUGUCCUCCGACUUUUCCUCCACACCAUCCCUCCUUCCUCGGCGAGAACUCCACACCAGUCCCCCAACCCUCCGGGCGCGCGAGCGAGGGCACCGCGACGCCUGCAGAGGAGUUCCUGGCCAUGUGGUCCAGCUCCAGUCCCCGUGGCCAGCAGGAGCAGGAAGAAUCUGCGAGGAGCUGCCUGCUCCCCCAGCCAGGGCAGCCAGCCACUGUUCCCUUGCCUGCUCCUCCCCCUAUCCUGCCCUUGCACAUGCCCUGGGGCCAGGCCUGCGGGGCACUGCCUUCACUCCAGGCAUACCAACUCUACUGUCAUUAGCUGUCCUCAACCCUCCUAGCUUGUUCCCUUCAUCUCUGCAAGGCCAGGACAGAGGCAUGAAGAUGCAGGACUGUUCUGGGGCGGAGGCCUGGCCUUGGCAGAGCUGUCCUGCUCCUAGUUGCUUUCUUCCUUGUAGGCUUAGCUGAUGUUAGCACCCUAAAGCAAACCUGUGCUGGCCACCAGCAAGCUGGGCUCUCCCUGCGGCAUGCUGAAGUCUCUGUCUUGCUGUCCUUGCCCCAGAUGUGCUCUGCAACCCAGGGGCAGCAUGUAGGCCUCUCUGCAGGGGCACAGGGAUGUAGGACAGCCCACAUCUACUGUACAUACAAAACAAGAUGAGGAGGUGACAGCCAAGGGCCACACAUGGAACAGGGACUGGCUAGGACAAGCAUGUUGGGUUGCAGCCUCCUGACGUGAUGCUGUGGCUGAGUUCCUGACCUGGUGGCAUUGAGAGGUGAAUCAGCUCCCCAUUGCUCCAAGGUCCCCAGGCAUGGCUGCUGGGAGAGAGGGAUGGGGGUGAAGCUUUUAACGGGUUUUGGAGGAAAAGGAAGAGUAGGAGGAAAGCAGAACUUUUCUGUAAGGGCCAAGCACUAGACCAUUAGUAGUGAGUGAGACAGGCGAUGGACUGGUUCAGAGCAGAGUGGUUGGGAGUAAGAGGAGGUGCAAAGAAAGGUAGGAGAAAAAGAGGAUCUGGGGUUUGGGGUGCUCUAAGCAUGUAGAGGCAGAUGGGAUGAGGCUGUGCAGGCUAGAGAAGAGAAGGCUUUGGAGAGACCUUAUAGCAUCCUUCCAGUACCUGAAAGGUGCCUACAAGAAAGCUGGGGAGGGACUUUUUACAAGGGCUUGUAGUGAUAGGAUGAAGGGGAAUGGCUUUGAGCUGGAAGAGGGGAGAUACAGACUGAAUAUUAGGAAGAGAGUCUUUCCAGUGAGGGUGGUGAGACGCUGGAACAGGUUGCCCAGAGAGGCUGUGGUUGUCCCCUUCCUGUAGGUGUUCAGGGCCAGGUUGGACAGGGCCUUGAGCAGCCUAAUCUAGUGGAAGGUGUCGCUGCCCAUGGCAGAGGACUUUGGAACUAGAUCUUCAAGGUCCUUUCCAACCCAAACCUUUGUAUUGUUCUGUGAAGGAGGUUUCCACGGGAAGAGAAGGGAUCAGGUUGCUCACAGAACAGAUUGACUCUUGACCUGGCUUGCCAUGCAUCAUGCCUGGGGCUGUUGCUGUCUGGCUGUCCCCCAUCAAGUGGCUGGGAAACCUGUAACCCUGUUACUUCUAGGGAGGCAGUACUGGCUCUCUGCAUGCUCCAGGAUGGCUCAGUGCCUCUGAUGGGAUUCCAGGUCUGCACAGGGUCUAGUGCUCUGAGUCACUACUGAGAAAAGGGACAUUUCCCAGGGCCAGACCACUGCUGCCUUAACCCUCACACUCUUGGGUGCACAUUUUCAUUCCACCUCCUGUAAGAAGCAAAUUUCCCUGGCCCUCCUACCAGGGAAAGAAAACCAGGCAGGCUGCAGCCAGCAGGAUAGGGACCAGUGCAGGACAUCAGCUCUCCCUCCCGACCCUUAUUUAUUUAGUCAGGUAGUUUCUUUCAUGCUUAGUCACCUGGCAGGUGGUGAUACUCAGAGUACUUCUGUGCUUCUGUCUGCCUGGGCCUGGCUUUGCUCUGGUGGUGCAGAGGCCUUGGGGCACAUGCAUGCUGCUCUCCUGGGAGCUUGUGCUUGGCUGAAAGGUUUGUCCCCAGGCCGUGGAGCGUGGAGUGCGGUAGGGCUGUGCCUUCCCUGCCAGCACUGCUCGGUGCUCUGGGCGAGUGGCAAGUCCCUAGCGCAGGCUGCGUUCAGGCCCCAGUGCCCCUCUGCUUUGCCGUGUCCUGGACCUGGUGCUGUAACAACCGUACCUCUGAUUAAAGGUAGACAGACCCGAA